AUGGAAAUGGCUAGAAGAAAUUUAAGAAUAAUAAAUUAUUUAUAUUUUCUUUUGAUCUCGCCAUAUUUCUUGCGAUUUGCAAUAGGUGAAUCAAGCUACUUAAAUGAUGCCGAGAAAAUAAAAAGCAAGAUCCCAGGGUUUAUCGAGCCCAUCACAAAGAACAAUAUUGAAAUAGAUCAAGGUUAUCUGGAAAAGGUUAGUCAGAAAGAGGAUAGAGUAGAAACAGUUCAAAAUAAUGUUGGUAGGGCUGAUUACAUUAGAGUACCUAGGCCUAAACUGAUUAGUAUAAAUUUAGAAGAUUUUGAUCUUCCAAAGGCUGGGGUAGAAGAUCAAAUCGAUCUUAGGCUUGAAGAAAUAAAGGAAAAAAUCAGCCAAAUGAAAGAUCUUGUACUUGAAUACAAUCAUGGUGAAAAUGAUAAAGAAUCGACUCCGUUAUUAGGUUUCCCAACCAAAUUUGAUUAUACAGGUAUAAGUGCAGAAAAAGAUAUUUCUCAGCCAUCAUAUAUUGAUCCAAAACUUAAAAUUUGGAUGGAUAAUCUUGAUUUGCCUGAUGAAACAAAGCUACAAGUAAAUAAUCCCUUACUUCAUAACACUAUUUUGAAAGACCCAACAGAGAGUAAAUUCUUAAGAGACAAACAAAGAAGUCAACCAAAUUGGAAGGGUUCUGCCAAACACCUGAUUGAGAAAGGCCCAGUAAAAGAAGGAUUAUUUAACAAAUUGGAUGAAGAGGGAAGAUCAAUCCCUGCUGAGUUCGAAAAUGCUACUAAAGAGUCAGAGUUAGAAAAACCUGAUAUGAAUUUUUCAAACGAAAAAACAAAUUCUAUAAGAGUAGAACCCGAAGAACUAUCAAUCCAAGAAAAUGAAUUAAAUUCCAAACUCAUACUAACCAAUGAAAUUCCAUCUGGGAUAAUUAUGAGUGAAAAGAAUUUUUCUUAUGAAGGAGAACAACAUUCAAAUAAUAAGAAAAAAAAUAGUGUUUUAUUGACUACCCCAGAACAAAUAGAAUACCUUAAUUUUGAAGAUUUGGACGAAGAUGGAGCCAGAGAAUUACGCGAGGAAAAUAAAACAAAGAAAACUAGAAGUAAGAAAAAGAAGGGUAAAAAAAAUAUUAAAAAAAAAACUAAGAAUAGAAAAGUAGUAGAAAAACAGGAUUUUUCACCCCCAGAACUGGAUUUUAUUCCAUUAAAGUUGGAAUCAUCAUUAAAUAUUGGUUCUGAAAAAAAGUUUAAAGAAAGAAAAAAAAAUUCAUCAAAAAAAUACGCCAAAGAAUAUCCCCAACAUGGUUACGAUGACCUUCAAUUCGAAAUUUCAGAAAAUACUCCAUUUAUUUCUACUCUACCCUCAAUUGAGAGUGCUGGACGAAUCAGCAAUAUUCCGAUGAAAAAAAGCACAGAGAAAGACACUAGCUCAAGUUUUCAAUCAAAAAAAAAACCAUUAAAGAAAAAAGAGCCUAAAGGUUACAGUGAACUACUGGAUAUUGAAGAAAAUUCUGCCAAUAGCAAAUAUAAUGACAUUCAAAUUAUUGAAGAAAUUCCAAUUCUGCAACUUGCUCAGCAAAAAAUGCCAAAAAGAAACAACAAGAAACCAACUUAUAAUUUGAAUUCACAAAACCUGAGUAAUGGUUCGUUACUCGAAAAGUUAGAAGACAAUUCGGAACCUAAAUUAUCGCAUACUAAAAAGAAUUUACAUAACGCACCCAGUAAAACUCUCUCUAAUGAAAUUUCUAUACCAAGCAAACAUGAAAUCUUGGAUGAAUGCAAUUCUGAAAUAUUUGAGAACUGUAGCAUUGCAAACUCGGAGGAAACUACUAAUCCUAAAAUCAGAGAUUUAUUACAUAUUCCUCAAAUUGAUGAGAAUACAGAAAAAAUCAAUAUUCCAAAAUCGAAUUUACCAAAAAGAAAGAAUAAAUAG